AUGUUUGUAUCACCCUCGCCGCUGCCCAAGGCCGAGGCCGAGAAGGAGCGGCUGGUCUGGUACUUGGCUUAUGGAUCGAACCUUUCGGCCAAAACCUUCCGUGAAGAUCGCGGCAUGACACCGCGGGCGGCUGUUGCCGUUAAGGUCGCUGGCUGGCGGCUGGCCAUGUCCAGUGCAGGAUUCCCAUACCGGGAGCCGUGCUAUGCCUCCAUCACCAAGUACAAGCCAGCGACGGAGAAGGCAGUGGAGAACGGCGUCGACGACGACGAGGUCCUCUGCGGAACGGCCUACUUAAUAACGUGGGCGCAAUGGAUCGAGAUCAUCGGUUCAGAAGGGGGCGGAAUUGCCUACGACGAGGCUCUGGUGGCCGCGCAGCCAGUCCAUCCAGCCCACCGCCAACGCUGGGGGGAUCAAAUACGUGUCUUGACGCUGGUCAGUACCAUGGAACGGUGGCCGGAAGCUCGACCCACAGAACGAUAUCUUGUGAGUCUCAUAAUUUCUUUCUUCCCUCCCUCCUUUUCUCUCCGUCUCGAAGUCCUGGCGAUCAACACAAAAUAA